AUGUCCACUGUUUGGGUAUUAGCUGAAUUGAAGGAUGUUAGGGAUCCGAAUACGAUGUUUCCACAAAAAGUAAUGGUCCGCGUAUUCAGAAGGGGUCACGACGAAACAACUUGGGUCCCUGGAAAUAUUGUAAACUUGUGCGAUGAAGGCCAGGCUCCCCAAAGAGCAAGAAUUUUAUUUGUAUCUAAAAACAGAAAAUUAGUCCUGAAUAAAAAAGAACUUUCGGGCAUGCAGGAGAUCUAUAUGAGGGAAGUGGUGAAGAGAUGUUUACGCACCAUCUCAGAUUUGAGACGCAAUAGUCAAACAUAUUGUUUGCACGUCGAGGACCUACCGAAUAGUACUGGAGAAGUACCAUCUAUACCUGAUUUGAUAAUUAAUCGGUGUACAGGACAAACAAGUACUAGCAACAGUGAUUGUAGCGACAGUAGUGAUGAUGACAGAAUAUCAUCCAACGUAAUUAUGAAUGAAAGGAGACGACAAUUACCAAACAGAUUUGUGCCCCAACCGGUAGUCAAUGGUUCUGGACCUGCGCCUCUACCGAUAGCCAAUGGAGCUGCGCAUCAACCGAUAUUUAACAUAAACAGACCUGCUGCGUCGCACCCUAUAGUAGCCAAUGGAGCUGCGCCCCACCCGUUGGCCAACGGAGUUGCGCCUCAACCGAUAUCCAACAGACAUGCUGUGCCCCAUCCUAUGGCCAAUGGAGUUGCGCCUCAACCGAUAUCCAACAGACAUGCUGUGCCUCAUCAGAUGUCCAACGGAGUUGCGCCUCAGCCGAUAUGCUACAGACAAGCUUUGCCCCAUCCAAUGGCCAACGGAGUUGCACCUCAGCCGAUAUGCUACAGACAAGCUUCGCCCCACCCAAUGGCCAACGGAGUUGCGCCUCAACCGAUAUACAACAGAUAUGCUGCGCCCCACCAGAUGGCCAGCGGAGCUGCGCCUCAACCGAUAUUCAACAGACAUGCUGCACCACACCCAAUUGCCAACGAAGCUGCGGUCCGUCCGAUGGCCAAUGGAGCUGCAAUUCAACCAAUAUUCAACAGACAAGCUGGGUCCCCUAAUGGACAAUGGAGCUGUGCCUCAACCGAGAUUUAAUAACCCUUCGAUAUAUCCACCUCUACUUUACGGCCUUGGUCCCCCACCGGUAGUUUGUAGUUUAGCUGUUCAACCGGUCCAACCGGUCGUCGAAGGUCCUCCUUACCCACCGGAAGCUAAUGAACCUAUUUCCCCAUCGAUAGGUGACGACCCUGCUGCCCAACCAGUAGUUGAUGACCCUGUACCCCCACAGGUAGUUGAAGACCCUGUUCUUCCACCGGUAGUUGAUGACCCUGUUCCCCAACCGGUAGUUUAUGACCCUGCUCCCCAACCGGUAGCUAAUGAUCCUGCUGCCCGACCAGUAGUUGAUGACCCUGUACCCCCACAGGUAGUUGAAGGCCCUUUCCCCCCACAAGUAGUUGUAGACUCUGUUUCCCCACAGAUAGUUGAAACCCUGCUGCCCACCGGUAAUUGCUGA